AUGUCGCCAAAACCGCGAAAGCUUCAGCGCGUCUCCAAGGCCUGCGACUUCUGCAAUCGGCGCAGCAUCAAAUGCGGCACAAGCGAAGACCGGCUAGGCCGAUGCCAGAAUUGCGCAGACUUCGAUGUCCCUUGCACCUAUGAUCGUCCUGCCAAAAGGCGGGGCGUCAAAGCUGGAGCCAAGGGAAAUAUACGGGAGACGCCCGUGCAAACAUCAUCGGUAGGCCAACUCCCAGUCGGUCGGGUCCCGGCGCCAGAGAGAGCCUCUGGAUCGUCUGCGUCUAGGAGCUCAAUGUAUCACGAAACGGCUUCUCGGCCAUCAUUGACAGGGGAUCCUUGGAUCUCCUUCAACACGGGUUGGUCAACGACCGAGGGGUAUGAUGACGAUGGCGCCCUCCGCAAUUCCUGGAAAGCUUUUGCAAUCUCCAGUGAUCAGCAGAUCAGGAACCUUGUUCAGGUAUACUUUGAGAUUGUUUAUCCGAUAUUCCCUCUUUUCCAUAAGCAAUCAUUCAUCGAAAGAAUCAAUAACCAAGAACACCUCCGAAACCAAGGACUAUUUGCCUCCACCAUGGCGGUUUGUGCAUUGGUUUCGGGACGGGCGCGCGAUGGCGCGUUAUAUUCCACUCGAUGGCAACGUGAAGAGCUCAUCGAGCCCCCAUCAGAAGCCUUUUAUGCAGCGGCCAAGGACUCCUUUCCUCGAGACUUAGCCCUUGCAAGGGGGUUCAAUUAUAUGCGUGCAUGUGCCAUACUUGCGAUCGCUAGUAUCCAGAAUGGCCAGAUCAAGAACUUGCAGAAAUAUUCUGGCAUGUACCACACCUUGACAACAAUGGAGGGACUUCAUGAUGAGAAGCUGUGGCCAAAAGAUAUUGGGAUUAUUGAGACGGAGGAACGGCGGAGAUUGUUCUGGUCAAUCUACACAUUGGAUAUCUACGCCAGUAUUGUAUGGGGGGGCAUCAUUCGAUACCGUGAAGCCCAUUCCCUAGUACGGUAUCCUAGUGAACUGGAUGAUGAAUUUAUUACUCCACAUGGCUACAGCUUACCACCAUCACCAAAGUCAAGUACACUCGGCCCUGGUGAUACUCCCGGCGUAUCUCAGCAACGAGUAUCAUGGAUGCAUGGCUGGAACUUCACGACGGACCUAUAUCGAAUACUGGAGCACGUGGUAGAUGGGACGCGACGCCGCUUCUCAUCCGCGAAUGGCACCACCGAAGUAUGGUCCCUUUUCAGUCCAGCGUCCAUGUCAGAGCCGGCUGUCAUGGAGCGAGUACUUUCGAUGUAUACUGCGCUGCCCUCACAGUUUCGUGAGACGCCGCCGACAACGGGGGAUAUGAGCAAGGAUCUGUUUGGAUUUCAGUCUGCAAAUAUCCAGGCAACAUUACAGUUACUCCGAAUGGUUCUUUUGUCUGCGGAGGAGAUUGGGGUAGAUCGGAAGUGCGAUGUGGCUGGCGAGCUACUGAGCGUGUUUUCCAAAGUUCCGGUGGAGUACCUGAAGGCCAUCAGCUCACCCCUGCUACAUCACCUCGGUGGCAUUGGAUAUAUCCUCGGUUCCGUCAUGGAGGGAAGUCUCUCCGAUGCAUCCUAUCAACGAGUACGGACAUUACUGCUUGAAAUGGCAGAUCUUCUCCACCGCUUUGAGACUGGUCUCCACCGUUCAGCGGGCGCCAGUCAGCGCCUACGCUCCCAGGUCGACCGGAUCGACGGCUACAUGCGCACGUCGCGGCUAGUCAAUUUCUCGGUACCACCACCCCCUCCCAACGGUGCUUCCGUCCUACAAGUAAAUAUCAAGCCCGAGGCAAUGGUUCCGCCGACCGUGUAUCCUCACGCCGGUGCAGCCCAGGUGGGGGCCACCGCGGGUGUUGGUGAUCAGAUGAUGCAGUUUCAGUUACCGCCGGAACUGCUCACCAAUUGGCCGUGGCCGCUGGAUAAUUCUCAUUCAGAGGGCUUCCUUCCGCUAGCAUUUGAAUAG